AAUAACAUUUUCGACGAAGGGUUUCACAAAACCAGUGAGAAAUCACGAGAGAGAGGAAGAGAGAAAAAUCAUCUAGAUUUUUCUCUAGCUUUGAGAAGUUACAACGCACAAAAUUCACAUUUCAAUUCAAAUGCAGCACCAUUGUUCCUGAAGCUCAGGACAUUUUUCAUCGUAUAAGAUCAAUGAUGUCUACCUCACCUUCAAAAGCCAAUUGGAACCCUGCAUUCCAUAAGAUCUUUGUUGAGUUAUGUGUCAAAGAAGUGUUGAAGGCGAAUGAGCCUGGGAUGCGGCUUACCAAGGAAGCUUGGAAGAACAUUGUUGGAUCCUUUUAUGAAAAGACUGGAGUGGAGUACGACAAAAAACAAUUCAAGAAUCACUAUGAUUCCACCAGGAAACUAUGGAAGGUCUGGGAUAAGUUGACUCGUGAUAGUGACAUGAAAUGGGAUCCAAAAACUAGAAAGUUUGGUGCUUCUGAAGAAGACUGGUGCGAUUAUAUAAAGGAAAACCCAGAAGCUGCACAGUUUCAGUCUAACGAAAUCCAGUUUAAAGAUGAAUUGGAUAUCAUCUUUGAUGGAGAAAUGCCUCCUGAAGAAAUUAAAAAAUCAAUACGUCUGAAGUGGCAGGAUAAUGCUCUAGCCACAUCUGUGCAGGGAAGAACACGCGGGAGGAAGCGCAAGUGUGUUAUUAAAUAUGAAUUAGAGACUUCCGAACUGGCCAAUUCUCCGCCAACUCCAAAAGCCUCGUGGACACCUGCAUACCAUAAAAUAUUUGUUGACUUAUGCCUUGAAGAAACUUUGAAGGGGAACAAAGCCGGGUCACAUUUUAGCAAGGAGGGCUGGAAGAAUAUUAUGGGAUACUUUUAUGCAAAGACCGGUGUGAGAUAUGACAAAAGACAAAUUAAGAAUCACUAUGAUUUCACCAGAAAACAGUGGAAAAUCUGGGUUAAGUUGAUUGGUGAUGAUAACAUGAAAUGGGACCCAAAGACCAAUACAUUUGAUGCUUCAGAGGAAGACUGGCUUGAUUAUCUAAAGGAAAACCCAGAAGCUGCACAAUUCCGCUUUAAGGAAAUCCCAUUUCCCGAAAAAUUGGAUAUCAUCUAUGCUGAAAGUAUACAAACUGGGGAAAUGCAACCUUCAACCAGUAGUGAGAGACAGAAUGAUGAUUCAGCAGCUACACCUCCUUUACCUCCUUUACGUGUAGAGCGAGGGAAGAAACAUAAGAGUAUUAAUGAGGAUUUUGACUUUAAGAAUGCUAUUGUGAUGAAUGCUACACCAAUCAGAUCAAUUGCAAGUGAGCAAAGCAUGCCACGCUCAUCUCAUCCCAAGGUCAAAGCCAACUGGACCCCUUCAUUGCACAAGACCUUUAUUGAUCUAUGUCUGCAGGAGACAUUGAAUGGAAAUAAGCCUGGGACACAUUUUACCAAGGAAGGUUGGAAGAAUAUUAUAGAUUCAUUUUAUUUGAAAUCUGGUUUCAAUUAUGGUAGAUUACAAUUUAAGAAUCACUGGGAUAAUACAAAGGAACAAUGGAGAGCUUGGUCUAAGCUUGUUGGCACUAGUUACAUGAAAUGGGAUCCAUCUAACAGUACAUUUGAGGCUAGUGAAGCAGAUUGGACUAAAUAUUUAAAGGCAAACCCAGAAGCUGCCCAGUUUCGCUAUAAGGCACUACCAUUAGCCGAUGCAUUGGAAACUCUCUUUAAUGGUACUACUGCUACAGGGGAGACUCAACCUGCUCUGGAACACAGGAAAAGCGAUGACAGCGUCAAUACUUUGCCUUCACACCCAAAAGAACCAGAUGUAACCAGCUUAGAUGAGAAGACUGCAUCUCUUGGUGAUGCUGUCGCAUCAAGAAAUGGCGUGACUAUUCAAAAGAAUGCCUUCCCAAUUUCGUGUGCUGAAGGCAAACGUAGUUAUAGCAUUGGUGAAUGCAUUGAAUGCCUUGAUGGAAUGGAAGACGUAGAGCAAGGAAGUGACCUCUAUUUGUUUGCUUUAGAUGUGUUCCUUAGGCAGGAACAUAGGGAAAUUUUUCUCCAGUUGAAAAAGCCUAAUCUGAGGAUCUCAUGGUUGCAGCGGCUUCAGUCUGUUGGUCAAGCUUAAGUCUAGCCUUUUGUCAUACAUUCAUCGCCAUCACAGUCACCAUCACCAUCACCAUCACCAUCACCACCACCACCACCAUCACCAUCACCACCACCACUACCACCAUCAUGUUGUUUUUAUUUAAUAAUUAUACUUUCUAGUUCUGCAUAUAUUAAGUGAUUAGUUAUUGGUCUGUUCCUUGCAUUAAGUGUUCAGUUAUUGGUCUGUUCCUUGCAUGAUGAUGAUAUUGUGGUAAGCUAACUUGGAAGCUUAGAAAUGUGUAUUGUGGAUUUUCUCUUCCCUUCCCUGGUUUUGCAAACCUCUGUAAUCUUGUACUGUUUAAUGUUAUUUUGUUGCGACUGCUUUAUAAUGUAUGAGGUUUUUACUCUGUCA